UCCAUCAGAUUGCUCAACAACAUGGAAGCUAGAAACCACACAGCUGUUUCAGAAUUCCUUCUCCUGGGACUGACAGAGGACCCAGCCCUGCAGCCCCUCAUCUUCAGCCUGUUCCUGUCCAUGUACUUGGUCACCAUCCUGGGGAACCUGCUCAUCAUCCUGGCCAUCAGCUCUGACUCCCACCUCCACACCCCCAUGUACUUCUUCCUCUCCAACCUGUCCCUCACUGACAUCUGCUUAAGCAACAUUGCAGUCCCCAAGAUGCUAGUGAACAUCCAAACACAGACUCAGAGAAUCACUUAUACAGGAUGUCUUUCUCAAGUCUGUUUCUUCUUGGUUUUUACUGGCUUGGAAAAUUGUCAUCUUGCCAUGAUGGCCUAUGACCGCUAUGUGGCCAUUUGUCACCCCCUGAGGUACACAAUCAUCAUGAACCCCUGCCUCUGCAUCCUGCUGGUUCUACUCUCCCUGCUCAUUAGUGUCGUGCACGCCCUCCUCCACACUCUGAUGGUGCUGCGGCUGUCCUUCUGCACAGACCUCGAGGUCCCCCACUUCUUCUGUGAACUCGCUCAGGUCAUCAAGCUGGCCUGUUCCGAUGCCCUCAUCAAUAACCUGCUGGUAUAUUUUGUGGCUGGUCUAUUUGCUGGUGUUCCUCUCGCUGGAAUAAUUUUCUCUUAUAUUAACAUUGUGUCCUCUGUCUUGAGGAUGCCAUCAUCAGAAGGAAAGCACAAAGCCUUUUCCACCUGUGGGUCUCAUCUGUCUGUUGUCUCCUUGUUCUAUGGGACAGGAUUUGGGGUGUACAUUAGCUCUGCAGUGACUGACUCAUCCAGGAAGACUGCAGUGGCUUCAGUGAUGUACUCUGUGGUCACUCAGAUGCUGAACCCCUUCAUCUACAGCUUGAGAAACAGGGACAUGAAGGGGGCCUUGAGGAAGCUCUUUGGCAAGAUAGCUUCUCCUCUCUGA